AACAUGGCGCGGUACGUGCGGCUUCGUUAGCUGACCGAGCUAGCGUGAAUAUCACGUAAUUGUGACACUUUCCGCGAAAGAGAGCGCUCCAAUGAGCGGUUUAAUUCGUGAUGCGGUUGGAAGGAUGUGAACUUACGACUGUUAAAGUGCGUUUUUUGCCCUUUUGCCCACGCUACUCCACGUUGUUAGCGCCUGUGCUAUCCUUCUAGCUUUAGCCUAUGGCUUUCUACGAUGUGUACUCUCACCCGGCUCUGAUCCGGUACCGGACGAGUGUGUGCACUAAAGCCACACUGUUCCUGUUUCUGGUUCUAUGUCUCACCUACAUCUCACCGCUGCUGGUUGCUUACAGGAGCCAAGGUUUCUGGAUCAAAAGGAGCACGUACGAGGAGCAGCCGGUGGUCAGAUUUCAGUACCAGAUUCUGCUGGUGGCAGCGACCAGCACUGAGGGAGACUACCUAGCCUGGAGCACCUUCCCCCACCUCAACAACAUGCUGGGGCCCAACCUCAGGAUCCCCACCGUCUCUGUGAGAGAGGAGGACCAGAACCAGGACGGGAAGUUGGACCGGCUCACCUUUCAGCUGCAGCUUCCUCUGAAACCUGAAGAGCAGCUGUACAGCAUCCAGCUGCUGCUCACCUUCAGCUACCAGCUCUUUCGGAUGUCCACGGUGGUGAUGCAGAGCCUGGGCUACCUGCAGCACUCGUCUCCCGUCCCCGGAGCCAGGCUGUGGGUCAGCGGAGACCUGAGGCUGCAGCAGAGGACGCCGCUGCCUCACCGAGGACUCUACGAUGUCUACAACGUGUCAGUGAUCGAUGCCUCCAGCCCCUUCGCAAGCUCAUACGACCUGGAGAAGAUCCUCAGGAGCUACCAGGAGAGAAACCUGACCACAGUGCUCUCCUGUCCGAUGCCCGUCUGGACUGUGGGACGAGCUGCAGGUUCACCGUUUGAGCUCAACGCUGAAAUCCGCUACCCUGUGGAGGUCAUCAGCUACCGGCCCGGUUUCUGGGAAACCAUCAAGUUCGCCUGGAUUCAGUACGUCAGCAUCCUCCUCGUCAUGCUCUGGGUCUUCGAACGCAUCCAGAGAUUCGUUUUCCAGAACCAGGUUCUACCAACCGUACCCAUCCCCGUGGAGAAGACGCACCGAUCGUGACGCUUCCACCUGCCGGUUCCUGCUGUCGUCGUCCUGUGAUGGAUCUGCACUGACUCUUUCUUUCUGAAAAACACUCCUUUUUUCUUAUUUUUACUAUGGUUUUCUAGCAAAAAAAAAGUUUUUAUAUGUUUGUACAUUUGACCUUUUUUGACAGGAGACAUUUGACAGUCAUUGACAGAAAUUUGUGAUAAACGUAUCUUUAGAGUAAAACUUAAUAAAUAAUUGCUUUAAAUCUAUAUUGUGUAAACAGAAAAUUUUUUUAGCUGUUUUUUGAGCAGGGUGUAAUCGUUAGGUGGGAUUUUGUUGGUCCUGAUGAAUUGGUGACCU